AUGGCUCCCAACAACCGUGCUACCAGGGAAACGUUCCUUCAGCUCGGUAUAGCCUCCCAGGGCGACCCGGCGCAGUAUACGACCGCGCACGUCAGGCGUCGAGGCUGCGCUCCUUCCGCUAGGCCGCGGUGUCCACUGGCUGCCUGGGCUGCAGCAUGGAUCUGUGUGGCGUCAGUCUUCUCGAUAGCGGCGGACGCAGCAGAUGUGGCUGGCCUGGUCUCUCUGUUGCUGCCUAGCCUCGAUGGUGACGUGGAUACGGCUGCCUGCCCGGACCUGUACCGGCGCUACAGCCGGCGGCACACGCAGUGCGUGCGGCCUCCGAAGUCGUGUCAUCCACUGCACGAGGGCGUCUCCGAGGCUGACCGGCAGCUCAUCCUGGACCAGCACAACGCCUUCCGCAACCGGCUCGCCUCAGGAGCCGAGGCCACCAGUGGGUUACCGGCCGCUGCGAACAUGAUGUACCUGGAGUGGAACGACGAACUGGCGGCCGUCGCUCAGAAGUUGGCCAGCAUGUGCUCCGUCAAGCCGGACUGCGCGGACUGCAGGCGCGUCGAGAGUUUCACCGUGGGCCAAAACAUCUGCAACUACAAGAUCCGCUCCCGAACGGCGCCGCCGGUCUACUGGCGAUCGACCAUCGCCUACUGGUACGACGGCGUCAAGCAGUUCCCGCCGGCUGCCAUCUCGCCCUACAUCUACAGGCAGUACUACGGCACCUUUAGCCAGGCACGUGCCAACUGA